AUGACACAGCACUGCACCCUACAGCACCGCACCCCAUCGCCUGCCAGUCAGGAGCACGCACGCACCUUCAAGGUACAUUCGCCCGGAACCGCUGCCACUGCUCUGUGCCGCACUGGCACUCUUCUCCCCACUGCCUCCCUGUUCUCCGCUCACUCCCUCCUCCCCACGCCCACUGCCCUCGCCUUGCCCCUCCUGCUGCACGCACUGGGCAGCACUACCCUCGCCCUCACCCCGGGGGGUGUCAGCAGCGGGCGUGGCUCGCAGGCACGUGAGGAGAGGAGACUCGGGCAGGCCGCGGCAGAAGGGACGCAUGGAGCCCCUGGCGAGGAGGAGGAGGAGGAGGAGGAGGAGGAGGAGGAGGAGGAGGAGGAGGAGGAGGAGGAGGAGGAGGAGGAGGAGGAGGAGGAGGAGGAGGAAGGAAAAGGAUGGGGAGGACGACUGCAGAGCAUGGUCGUGGUUGCAGAGAGUGCAGUGCAGAGCAUGGUCGUGGUUGCAGAGAGUGCAGUGCAGAGCAUGGUCGUGGUUGCAGAGAGUGCAGUGCAGAGCAUGGUCGUGGUUGCAGUGAGUGCAGUGCAGAGCAUGGUCGUGGUUGCAGAGAGUGCAGUGCAGAGCAUGGUCGUGGUUGCAGAGAGUGCAGUGCAGAGCAUGGUCGUGGUUGCAGAGAGUGCAGUGCAGAGCAUGGUCGUGGUUGCAGUGAGUGCAGUGCAGAGCAUGGUCGUGGUUGCAGAGAGUGCAGUGCAGAGCAUGGUCGUGGUUGCAGAGAGUGCAGUGCAGAGCAUGGUCGUGGUUGCAGAGAGUGCAGUGCAGAGCAUGGUCGUGGUUGCAGAGAGUGCAGUGCAGAGCAUGGUCGUGGUUGCAGAGAGUGCAGUGCAGAGCAUGGUCGUGGUUGCAGUGAGUGCAGUGCAGAGCAUGGUCGUGGUUGCAGUGCAGAGCAUGGUCGUGGUUGCAGAGAGUGCAGUGCAGAGCAUGGUCGUGGUUGCAGUGAGUGCAGUGCAGAGCAUGGUCGUGGUUGCAGAGAGUGCAGUGCAGAGCAUGGUCGUGGUUGCAGAGAGUGCAGUGCAGAGCAUGCACGAUGGGAGCGGUAACAGGAGUGGGGGCGUCGCCAUUCAUCAUCAGGGGCAGCAUGAUGGCCGCAUGGACAUGGCAGGCCACAUGGGGAAGGCCGCUCAUAAUGUUCGUGAUGCUGAUGAUGACGUGGCGUACGAUGAAGGCCGAAAGCUGCUCCUUGAUGACAGAGGCAAGGGGCGGGCGAAGGGUGGAGGGCAAGAGAGGAUUGCGGAGGGACGGGCGGAAGGGAGGAGCGCGGGGAGGGACGGGGAGAGGGGGGAAGAGGGAGGUGAGAGGGGAGGGGGAGGGGUGAAGGAAAUGUUUGUGAAAGAGUGCCCGAAGCAGCACGGGGGGGUGGAGGAGGCGAGGGGCGGGUUGGGCGGCAUGGAGGAGGGGAUGGUGCAGCUGCAGCAGCGGCUGAGGUCUGCGGAGGCCAAGGCGGAAGAGGUGCUGCUGGUGAAGCAGGAGCUAGUGGACCUGGAUCGCCAGCGCAAUGCAGGCAGGGAGGCCAUCACAGCGCUCAAGAAGCAUGCCAGGGGGGCGGCUGCCAGGAGAGCAGGGGGGCGCAGGGAGGCGGGCUCUGGGGGAGGUGCUGCUGGGGGAGGUGUAUCGGCAGAGGCGCACCGGCCACUUGUUACCCCCCUGCCUGCGGUGCCAGUUGGCACGUCAGGAUUGGAUGGGAGUUCAGAGUGUGCGGUGUGUGGGGCGGUGGGGCAGAAGGAGCGAGUGUGGGUGGCGAUGGGCGGAGGGGAGAUGUUUGUGCGCUUGACCCUGCACCAUGCGCAUGUGCAUGUGAAGCGAGCUGUUGACCGCAUUGACGUGCAGAUGGAGGAGGGGAGGGAGAAGCAGAAGGCGGCAGUGAGGCAGCUCACAGAGGAGGGCGGGCUGGCAGGCCGGCACGUUACCAUGAUGAACUUCUUUGGCGGCGGCUCGUCGGAGGAACAGUCGAACGCGAAUGCUGAGGGAGGCGAGUCGUACGGCGCAGAGAAUCUUUCUCUGAAUGAGGAGAAUGCUUACGGGUCGUCGGGUCAGACAUCCGAGGGGUAUGUGACGGAGAGUGUGGUUAAGAAAACUGAGGGCUAUGGGGGACAGGAGUCUGAGGGGUACGGCGCCCAGGAGAGUGGGGGGUAUUCGGGUGAUAACAACGAGGGGAACAAUGCGGAGGGAGGGAGCGGGUAUAACGCGGAUAGCGGCAGCGGGUAUAAUGCGGAGAGGGGCAGUGGGGAUAACGCGGAGGGGGGUAGCGGGUAUAACGCGGAGGGGGGUAGCGGGUAUAACGCGGAGGGGGGCAGCGGGUAUAACGCGGAGGGGGGAAGCGGGUAUAACGCGGAGAGCGGCAGUGGGUAUAACACCGGGGGGGGCAGUGGGGAUAACGCGGAGGGGGGAAGCGGGUAUAACGCGGAGGGGGGAUCCGGGUAUAACGCGGAGAGCGGCAGUGGGUAUAACACCGGGGGGGGCAGCGGAGAUAACGAGGAGCGUGGAAGCGGGUAUAACGCGGAGGGAGGCAGCGGGUACAACGCGGAGAGCGGUAGCGGGUAUAAUGCGGAGCGGGGCAGUGAGGAGAACACGGAGGGGGGAAGCGGGUAUAACGCGGAUGGGGGAAGCGGGUACAACGCCGAGGGGGGUAGCGGAGAUAACGCGGAGGGUGGAAGCGGGUAUAAUGCAGAGGGGGGCAGCGGGUACAACGCUGACGGGGGCAGCGGAUAUAACGCGGAGCGAAGCAGCGGGGAUGACGCGGAGGGGGGUAGCGGAUAUAACGCGGACGGGGGCAGCGGGUACAACGCUGACGGGGGCAGCGGAUAUAACGCGGACGGGGGCAGCGGAUAUAACGCAGAUGGCGGCAGCGGGUAUAACGCGGACGGGGGCAGCGGGUAUAACGCGGAGGGAGGGAUCGGUGGGGGAGGAUACUAG